UAAGCUACACACCCUCACACUCGCUCCUCCACCACACGAUCUCUUGAUUUUAAUCUUCAAACCAAACCAAACCUUGCAGUUUCACACAAACCCCAUUUCACUAAUUCCCUUUUUCACCUUUAAAAAUAUCUCAUUUUCUAUUUCUUGAUCCUUCCUUCCUUGUAUACGCACCAGCUUUAGUUUUCCCCGACAUUGAUAAUCUCCAACAACUCCCCUUGUUUUAAUCAAGAUUCUUCAAGUAGACCUUUUUUUUUAUAGUUUGAUAACUUAUCUGGGUAUCAUUCAUUGACCUUGUGGUGUAGAUUUGAGUAAUGGAUUUGAAACUAUUUGAUCCCAAAUCAGUUUUUCUGUCAAAUUUGAUUGGUCAAAAGGGGAUGUUGUCUUUCUCCACUUUUAACUUCAAGGCUGCCUCUCUUAACCUCUCCCCCUUCUUCAUCCGUUCUUACAAAGGUGCUUCUCAUGAGGCUGCUUGUUUAAGCACUUCUUCACCAGAUGGUGUUAGUUUAGUUGGGAAAGAACAGUAUGGUGUGGAAACUCAUACAUAUCGAUACGAUGGCUCAAGCACAAACUUUGGUAGUAGCAUUUUGUUUAGGGAAAAGCGAGUUCUCGAUGCAUUUGAUGAUGAGUAUGGUGGUGUUGUUGUAAAUCCAGAGAAACUACCAUCCGAUACGGAUGUUUUCGUCUCUAUUCUUCGAUCAUCUCUUUCACUUUGGAGGACAGAGGGUAAGAAAGGAAUUUGGCUAAAGUUGCCUGUAGAAAAAUGUGAUCUUGUUCCUAUAGCAAUAAGGGAAGGGUUUCAGUACCAUCAUGCGGAAAGAGGAUACGUUAUGAUGACAUAUUGGAUUCCGGAUGAACCAUGUAUGCUACCUGCCAAUGCUUCCCAUCAAGUAGGGGUCGGGGGUUUCGUGAUGAAUGACAAGAAUGAGGUUCUUGUGGUCCAAGAGAAACACUGUGCACCUGAGCUUGCUGGGCUUUGGAAGUUACCAACUGGAUUCAUUCUUGAGGUGUGCAUUGUUACACUUAAUCUUACACUUGCUUUCUACAUAACUCACAUUUACAUUUUUUUAAAAGAAAUUGUUUUUCCUUUUGAUGUUAAACAGUCAGAGGAGAUAUUCAGUGGAGCGGUGAGAGAAGUGAAAGAGGAAACCGGGAUUGAUACUGAGUUUUUGGAAGUUAUAGCUUUCAGGCAUGCGCACAAUGUGGCUUUUGAAAAAUCCGAUUUGUUCUUCAUCUGUAUGCUGAGACCAGUUUCAAGUGAUAUCAAGAUUGAUGAUCUUGAAGUUCAAGCAGCCAAGUGGAUGGCACUUAGGGAGUUUGUUGAACAACCGUUAAUCAAAGGAGACAAUAUGUUCAAGAAGAUCAUCGACAUGUGCAUUGCUAGGAUGGGGAAGCGCUACUGUGGAUUAUCUGUCCAUAAAGUGGUGUCUAAGUUCGACAACAGAUUAUCUUCCUUGUAUUAUAACGUUGUUGAUGAUCAAAGGCUUGGUUGUUCUUCCCAUGAUUCUUGCACCUCAACUUGAUCCUAACUCAAUGUAUCUGUUGUUAAAAGGAUAACUAUAUGCUGCUGCUGUAUAUAUGUGUAUACUAGCUAGAAGGAGGUGGUUUGUGAAAUGUAUAUUCGGUCAUAAAUGUAUAGAUGCUUAUUACAUAAUGGUAAUCCAUGUCUACACAGUAUGUGUAGACCUUAUAUA